AUGGUGUUUGGUGGUAGACGUCGGAAUGAGAGGUCUCAAUCACCGGACUCAGAGGAAGCCGAUGUGAGUAACUAUGAGUUGCACAACAUUGAUGACAGCAAGAAAGGAUAUGAUAACUUAGGUAGUGGUAGCAGAGGUGCUACUACUUCUGCCGUUGAAUAUUUUGACAAAGAAAAUGUUGAUGGCGUAAAUAUCGAUGAGAAAUUGCAAUCCACUACCGAAUUUGGCGGUGAUGAGAUGCCUCGCGGUAAUAUCCGUCGGUUCAUCGACUCUUUCAAACGUGCCGAACAACAACCUAAUCAACAACAUAAUUUGGCUGAGGAUUUAGAAAAUGACUUGACCACUGCAAUUUCCAUGAACUCUUUGGAUCGCGUUCAAAAUAAGCCAACCGGUAAUGGUCAGAUGAAAUUCGAGGAAGAAGCUUUGAAGAAAUCUAUUAAGCCUAGACACGUCGUCAUGAUUUCCCUAGGUACAGGUAUCGGUACUGGUCUACUGGUUGGUAACGCUAAAGCCCUACAUAACGCUGGUCCAGCUGGUUUAGUCAUCGGUUACGCUAUUAUGGGUUCUUGUAUCUACUGUAUUAUUCAAGCAGCCGGUGAAAUGGCUGUCGUUUACUCUAAUUUGCUGGGUGGUUUCAAUACUUACCCAUCCAUGUUGGUUGACCCUGGUUUUGGUUUCGCUGUCGCAUGGGUGUAUUGUCUGCAAUGGUUGUGUGUUUGUCCCUUGGAAUUGGUUACUACUUCGUUGACUAUCAAAUACUGGACUACAACGGUAAAUCCAGACGCCUUUGUGGUGAUAUUUUACGUGGUUAUUAUUUUCAUUCAAAUAUUUGGUGCCAGAGGUUACGCUGAAGCCGAGUUCUUUUUCAACUGUUGUAAGAUUCUUAUGAUUAUCGGUUUCUAUAUCUUGGGUAUUAUCAUUAACGCCGGUGGUGCCGGUAACGACGGAUACUUGGGUGCUAAGUACUGGCAUGAUCCAGGUGCCUUCAGAGGUACAAACGGUAUUCAACGUUUCAAGGGUAUUAUGGCGACUUUUGUUAGUGCUGCUUUUGCUUUUGGUGCAACUGAAUUUAUUGCAUUGACUGCAGCUGAACAAUCCAACCCAAGAAAGGCUAUCCCAUCUGCAGCUAAGAAGGUCCUUUACCGUGUUAUUUGUAUCUUUGUUGGUACUAUCGCUUUGCUAGGUUUCUUGGUCCCAUGGGAUUCUGAUCAAUUAAUGGGUGCUGGUGGUAGUGCCACUAAGGCUUCUCCUUAUGUCUUAGCCAUUUCUAUUCAUGGUGUUAGAGUUGUUCCACAUUUCAUUAACGCUGUUAUCUUAAUCUCUGUUUUCUCUGUCGCAAAUUCUGCCUUUUACUCAAGUUCUCGUCUAUUAUUGGGUCUAGCUCAGCAAGGCUAUGCUCCAAAGUUUUUCGAUUACGUUGACAGGCAAGGUAGACCUUUCAGAGCCAUGUGUUGUGCUGCUCUUUUUGGUGUCAUUGCUUUCUGUGCCGCAUCACCAAAGGAAGACCAAGUCUUUACUUGGUUGCUAGCCAUUUCUGGUUUGUCUCAAUUGUUUACUUGGAUUGCCAUCUGUGUUUCUCAUAUUAGAUUUAGAAGAGCUAUGACUGUCCAAGGUAGAUCAUUGGGUGAGAUUGGUUUCAAGGCACAACUUGGUGUCUAUGGUUCAUACUACGCCACCAUUAUGAUGGUGCUGGCUUUGAUUGCUCAAUUCUGGGUUGCCAUUGCUCCAAUUGGUAACAACGGUGACCUGGACGCAGAAGGUUUCUUUGAAAACUAUUUGGCUAUGCCAAUUUUGAUUGCGUUCUACUUUGGUUACAAACUUUGGAAGAGGGACUGGCGUCUGUUUAUUAGAGCAAAGGAUAUUGAUCUAGACUCUUACAGACAGGUAUUUGACGAAGAACUAUUGAAACAAGAAGAUGAAGAAUACAAAGAGAAAUUAAAGAAUGGCCCUAUGUGGAAGAGAGUGGUCGAUUUCUGGUGUUAG